UAUUCUUCUUCUCUGACCCUCUUCGCCCUUAUAAUUCUCUCCUCUCUUGUAGUAACUCUCCACCUUCAAGGAGCAGCGGCAACAUUCUCCAACAGCAUCGAAGAAGACGAUGAUCAAGUUGUCUACGUUAUUGAUGCUCCGAUAGUUGGCAGUUUACCAUCAAGGAGCCGAUUUUUAGCAAGCAAAACGGUAAUCAAGAAAGGAACUCGUUGCAAUCGAAUAAGUAACAACAUAUGUAAUGGAAUAUCGGCCAAUAAUGGUACGAGCAUAUUGAACUGCUGCAAGAAACAUUGUCGGAACGUUCUCGGGGACAUGAACAAUUGCGGGCGUUGCGGGAAGAAGUGCAAGUUUGGAGAGCGUUGCUGCCGUGGAGCUUGCACUAAUGUUGUUAGCAAUGCUAAUCAUUGUGGAAAAUGCAGUAAGAAGUGUGAGUCUGGGGUUAGAUGUGAGUUUGGAACUUGUGGGUAUGCUUGA